AUUCAUACCACCAGUUAACGCGUACCAUCGUCAGCUCGACCUUUGAUACAAGAUGUCGAUAAUGGAAUACAACGGUGGCUCCGUCAUAGCCAUGGUCGGGAAGGAUUGCGUUGCGAUUGCCUCAGACUUGCGGUUUGGAAACCAGGCUCUGGGUAUCGCAUCUAAUUUCCAGAGAAUCUUCCCUGUGACUGAUAGAACCUACGUUGGCUUGGCUGGACUGGGUACUGACGUGACUACUCUUCGAGAACGCUUUCGCUAUCGUGUCAACAUGUACACGAUCAAGGAGGAAAGGGACAUUGAACCUCAGACCUUUGCUCACCUUGUUUCCUCCACCCUCUACGAACACCGCUUCGGACCGUAUUUCGUCGAGCCUGUUAUAGCCGGGCUGGAGAAUACUUCAUCGGGCUCCAAACCAUUUAUUGCGGCAGCAGACCUUAUCGGCUGCCUCAAUUUUGCCAAAGAUUUCGUAGUUGCUGGAACUGCGAGCUCCAAACUUUAUGGUCUGGCAGAGGGACUAUGGGAACCUGACUUGGGACCUGAAGAUCUCUUUGAGACUAUUUCACAAACACUCUUGAACGGUGUUGACAGGGACGCGUUCUCUGGCUGGGGUGCGGUUGUACAUGUCAUUACCAAAGAUCGCGUCGUAACACGUACGUUGAAAGGCAGGAUGGAUUAGGCAGCAGCUUUGUACGGACUUGUCCAAUUAUCAGAGUCCCUGUACCAAUUAUAGCCAAUACACAUCAUACGAGAUGGGAUGAAACCAAGGCCC